GCACGCCGUUUGUCAACCAACACUCAUCAUCGCCACUUCAUCCUACGCAUCGUAUCUUGCCUCACUCGUUUUACGCGUGCGAAGAUGCCGAGGUUGCCUGCAGAUGCCUCUGAGAGCGAGAGCGAGAGGGAGGUCGAACGCCCUGCCAGGAAAAGCACUGCAUCCGUAACUCCUGCGAAGUCGGUCGAGGCCAAGUCGCCAGUCAAUGAACCCGAGGAAGGAGAUGACGAGGACGAGGACGAAGAGGAGUACGAAAUUGAGCAGAUUCUGGACGCGAAGCGUGGCACUUUCCCUGGAGGCAAACUGGGCUAUCUAGUGAAAUGGAAGGGUUAUUCGAGCGAGCACAACAGCUGGGUGAAUGAGGACGAUGCAGGGAAUGCUCAAAACCUCAUUGACGAAUUUUGGCAGAAACACAAGAAGGAGAAGAAGAGCGAGCGCAAAACCUCUGGAGCCAAGCCUUCUGUAUCGAAAAAGGCGGCUGAUGAAUCCGAAGCGGAACAAGUCUCACAGAAGAAGCGAGGUCGGCCAUCUACGGCCAAAGACACCAAGCAGCGUGAGGAUGAGGAUAUCGAUAUGGAGCCUCGAGAGAAGAAGAAGCCGCGCAAGACCGCGACCAAGAGUGCAAAGGGUUUGGCCACGCCAGAGCCGAUGGAGGUUAGCCUGGAUGAAGAAGAAUUCCGCGAUAUGAAACCUUACAUGAGGCAGGCUACCUGGGAGCAUCUUGUGGAUUCUAUCGACACCGUCGAGCGCACCGAGGACGGCCAGCUCCUGGUUUACUUCACAGUUAGGAACGGAAAAGGCCGGGCGCGGGUCGACACCGAGAUUUGUAAAGAGAAGAUGCCACGCAAAUUGCUCGACUUUUACGAGAAGAACUUACGCUGGAGACAGAGCGAGGAAGAGUAGGCCCACCCAUCGCUGCGUUGUCUUGUGCUGCCGCAUGGGAUCGAUAUCCUAAAUGUAAUGCGUCGUCAUAUCACUCUUACAACAAUACGCCGUCUGCCGUCCUAGAUGCCG